AGGGGGAGGUAUACACACUCUCUCACACACACUCUCUCACACACACUCUCUCACACACAAGCUGGCUCACACAGCCACAUUUUCUCAGGCUGCUCCGCAGACUGACAGCAGGAGACGUAGGAGGAGAGAACAGAAAGGGAGUGAGAAAAGGAAACAAGGGAAAUAUCAACCAAGUCAGAAGAGGAGAGUCAAGCAGCACUUAUCCUUUUUCUUUCUCCACUCAGCAUUAAAUUAAAACACAGGGAAUAUAGAACUCUUUGUUAAUCUGUAACUGAACAGGGGCUGCUCUGCUCUGUUCUGCUGAGAGGGACCUGCUCUGCUCUGUUCUGCUGAGAGGGACCUGCUCUGCUGAGGAACCUGCUCUGCUCUGCUGAGGGACCUGCUCUGCUGAGGGACCUGCUAAUUCUCGAGGACUAUGGCACCACAUCUGAGACAUGGAUUCUCGGUCUCUCUUUCACAGCGCUGGUGUCUUCUUCUCCAUUCUCUCCUUCUCUCCGUCUAUUUCCUGACUGUUGCAGGAUUCAACCUGGAUACUAGCAUGACUCUGAUCAAGGAGGGGGAGACCGGCAGCUUUUUUGGAUUCUCUUUAGCACUUCACCAGCAACUCACACCAGAACCACACAGUUGGAUCCUGGUGGGGGCGCCGCGUGCCAGAGGACUGGGCAUGAUGCAGAGGAAGCGCCCUGGCGCUCUGUACCGCUGUCCAAUCACAGGCGAGGAGUAUGACUGCGAGCGCGUGGACAUCGAUGGAGACGUAAACCUCGACUGGGAAAGCAAGGACAACCAGUGGCUUGGAGUAACAGUCAAGAGCCAGGGGAUUGGAGGAAAGGUGGUGACGUGUGCCCAUCUGUACGAGCUGCGUCAGCGCGUGGGCCUGCCAUUGGAGACGCGGGAUCCCAUCGGGCGUUGCUACGUGCUCAGUGAGGACCUGACCGAGAGGGAUGACCUAGAUGGAGGGGAGUGGAAGUUCUGUGAGGGGCGAUCCCAGGGACACGAACAGUUUGGCUUCUGUCAGCAGGGUCUGUCUGCCGCCUUCACACCUGACAACCAAUUUAUCAUGUUCGGAGCUCCUGGAACGUAUAACUGGAAAGGAGAGAUGCGUGUCCAGCUACUAAACCAGACUUUACUGGAUCUGGGUUUCUAUGACGACGGGCCCUAUGAAGUGGCGGAUGAGAAACAAAUGAAUGCUCAGCUGAUCCCUGUUCCCUACCAUAGUUACCUGGGCUUCUCAGUGGACUCUGCUAAAGGCAUAAUGAGUCGUGGUGAGCUGACCUUCGUGGCAGGGGCUCCGAGAGCCAAUCACACGGGAGCGGUGGUGCUGUUGCGUAAAGAUAACAUGUACCGCCUGGUGCCGCAGCACAUCCUGUGGGGAGAGGAGCUGGCUUCUUCCUUUGGGUACUCUGUGGCUACGGCUGAUCUCAACAGUGAUGGCUGGACAGACCUGAUAGUGGGAGCUCCUAACUACUUUGACCGAAAAGCAGAGAUCGGAGGUGCUGUGUACAUCUUCCUCAACCCAUUCGGUAACUGGGAGUAUGCUCAGCCAAUCAGGCUCAAUGGAACCUAUGACUCCAUGUUUGGAUUGACCGUCAACAAUGUGGGAGACUUGGACAGGGACGGAUAUGACGACAUUGCUGUGGGGGCUCCGUUCGAUGGAGAUGGAAAAGUGUUCAUCUACCGAGGCUUGUCCUCAGGCAUCGACACCAAGCCUGCACAGAUCCUGGAUGGAGUGGACGAGGGGGUGAAGAGGUUCGGCUACUCCAUCUCAGGAGGUCUGGACAUCGAUGGGAACCUGUACCCUGACCUGGCAGUAGGCUCUCUCAGUGAUAAGAUGGUUCUGUACAGGUCUCGCCCGGUCAUUCACGUGACCCGGGAUGUAUCCAUCGAACCUCAGCAGUAUAUUGACUUGGAGCAACACAACUGCAAGGGGAGAGAUGGAGUUUGUGUGGAGGUUAAAGCCUGCUUCACCUAUACUGCUUAUCCAGAGACCUACUCACCAGACAUCACCCUGGUCCUACUCAUCGAGGCUGACACCGAGCGCAGAAAGCUCGGCCUGCCCCAUCGUGUUAGCUUCCUGGGUCGAAGUGCACAGGCGGUGGAGUACACACACACUGACGAGGUGGAGCUGAAAGGUCAACGCCAUCCCGCCUGUCAGAGCGCCACCUUCCAACUAAACGAGAAUAUCCGUGAUAAGCUGCGUCCCAUCUCUCUGGCCAUCACCCACACCAUCAGACCCCCCAUGUUCUCCUCAGACACUAACCCAGAGGAACGAGACACGCUACCUCCUGUACUGAGUGUUUCCACCUCCAACACCCUGCACUCUGAGGUGAAUUUCCUGAGGGAAGGCUGUGGCGAUGAUAAGAUCUGUCAGAGCAACCUGAAGUUGACCUACCAGUUUGGAACCCGACCGCCCACCUCUGACCUCUUCACCCCUCUGCCAAGGGAUGAUGAAGAGGUGGCAGUGUUUUCUCUGUCUGACCAGAGGUCGGUGGUGUUGGAGGUGACCGUCACCAACAUGCCCUCUGACCCUCUGUCCCCAGAGGAGGAUGGAGAUGAUGCCCAUGCUGCCCAGCUACUGGUGACCCUGCCAGACACCCUGUCCUACUCUGGCUUCAGGGGACAACAGGUGGUGUGCCAGGCCAAUCAGAACGGCUCUCAGGCAGAGUGCGAGCUGGGAAACCCCCUGAAGAGAGAUGCUAUACUGAAAUUCUACAUCAUCCUCAGCACGUCUGCUAUCACCAUAGAGACCACGGAACUCACUGUCAACCUCCUGUUGGCUACUAUCAGUGAACAGCGAGACCUGGCCCCAGUCACAGCCGUGGCUAAAAUCAUCAUAGAGCUCCCUCUGGCUGUCAGUGUGCUGGCCAAACCACACCAGCUGUUCUUCAGUGGGGCUGUGAAGGGGGAGAGUGCCAUGGAGACCCUGGACGACGUGGGGAGUGCUGUGGAGUUUGAGUUUACGGUGACCAACACCGGGCCGUCCCUGCAGACGCUAGGCUCCGCCUUCCUCAACGUCAUGUGGCCUCACGAGCUGUCCAAUGGGAAGUGGCUCCUGUACCCCACUGCUCUCCACUUCCAUGGCCAUCCAGAAACACCCUGUACCCCCCACACCUCCCUCAACCCACGCAAGUUCUCCCACAGUUCUCCUUCUGACGACCAGCCACAGGCUGCAGGCCUGAAGGCCAGGAGGAAGGGGCGUUCCAACCCAGAAGAAGAGGGCCAUGUGAUGACCAAGGGCAGUCUGGGUAGGACUACGCCUGCUGUGGCUGCCUCAGAGAGACGCAAGUCACUCAAACUGGACUGUCUGCUGGGUUCAGCGCGCUGUGUGCUGUUCCAGUGUCCUCUCCACAGCUUCUCUGACUCUGCUGUCCUCAAGAUCCAGGGACGCCUUUGGAACAGCACUUUUCUGGAGGAGUUCCAAUCAGUCAGUGUUCUGGAGCUCCUGGUUAGAGCCAACAUCACAGUCAAAUCCAGCAUCAAACACCUGGUGCUGAGGGAUGCUGCUGCACAGGUCCCAGUGAUGAUUUACCCAGAGGUUGGUCUGACUGCCCAGUACUGGAUCCCCUGGUGGUGGAUUCUCAUAGCCAUCCUGGCUGGUAUCCUGGUGCUGGCUCUGCUGGUCUGCAUCCUCUGGAAGUGUGGGUUCUUCAAGCGUACAGAGCGCCGCCCGCAGUACGAAACAGAGUACUACCACGCCCACAUGCAUGCUCAGCCCUCUGAGGUUGAGAAGCAGGCGUCAGACCAAUAGGUUCCUGCCCUCUCCUCUCUCCAAGUGUGUGGUUUCUUCCGUCGGGUCCAGUAUGAAGACAAAGUGCCUCAGUACCAUGCAGUGAAGAUCCCCCGUCAAGACCGGCCCCAGUUCCAGCAGAGCCAGCAGAAGGCAGGGAUCCUCCAGAAGAAGGAGUGGGCCACACACUGGAGCGACGGAAGCUCCUGAACAACAUCAACAAACAAGGACUAGAAUAACAACAAACACCCAUUCAACCCUAUGGCACUCACUAACUCUGCAGUGGAACAAACGUGUGCAGACUGACUGUCACAACACUGUUGUGCACAUUGAGGCUAUGUCCCGAUUCUUCACCCUUCUUCUGAAGUGUGCACACUUCCCAUCAUGGAUUUAUCAAUGGUGAAAACUCGCUUAAGCCAAUGCUAUUCUACUGUAUUCUACUGUAUUCUACUUUUAGAAUGACUGGAUCAAUAUUCUGGACUGCUACUGCCGACUGACCGACCGACCGACCGACGAGAAUCUAUAUGUACCAUGCCUUGCAUUGGUGGUUUUUACUGACUGUAAUACUGCACACAGACUUCUGACUAGGUCAAUACCUAUCAGAUUGAUCAAUACAUAUUGAUAGACUGAACACUAACACUCAAAUGGACUUUUACUGCUGACAGGCAUCAAUAUUCACUGAUCUUUUCUGAUAGGUUAAUAGAUCAACACACACACACACACACACACACACACACACACACACCCUUAUUUCAAAGCCGAUGCCUAUGACUCGGACUGCUUCUUGUCAUAACUACUGUACUGUAAGAUCGAAAAGGGCAAAGAGAAGCUAUGUUUAUAUAUUAUUGUUUAGCGUUUUAAUUUGAGUCACUGUACAGCGUUAGAAUGAAAACGAUCUGACAACACCAGCUCCCAUUUAGAAACGAUUGAUCAGAACACGCUAGUCUGUUGUCUUUUUGAAGUCCUUAGGGUCUUAUUCAUUAGGACACACCAUGGUAAAACGUUUUGUAACGGAAAACCAAAGCAAGUGUUUCUUACAAAGUUCAGAUUGUCCCUUCUGUUUUCUUCCAUUUGGUAACUAAUGAACACUGGCUGCGGCACCUUCUGACUGCGCACUGCUAUGGCCAUAACAUUGGAAUCAGUUGAAUUGAUUGUGUUAUAACUAAUUCAAGGACUGUGUCCUCUAGAGGAAUUCACAAUAACAAUCCAUCACCUGAAUGAUCUUGAAGAAAACAACUUCAAACGACAAUAUCAACAGCUUCAGCUCAUGGUAGGAGAUAUUAGAUACAAACAAACCAAGUUUAUAUUUGUGGUUGAGUACCAUAUUGUUCAGGUACUUCACAUAUCCCCCUGCAGCCCCUUAGAUGUCCUCAAUAAUUUGAAACCUUGAUGGGAAAGAUGAUUGUAAAUAAUAAUUUAUUACAGUUCGUAUUUACAUAAAAGUGCCUUAUGGCUUAAUUCAAAAAGAGAGAGAAUUAAUUGGUAGGAAGAGGAUGAUAAUUAACUUUGGAGCUACUGAAGCUUUACCGAAGCUUUACCGAAGGUUUACUGAAGCUUUACUGACGGUUAAGGUACAUCAUUUGUAGAGUGUUUCACGACCCAGUUUAAAACCUAUAAGUAUGGCCUGGAGUUUUCUCUGGUCAGGCUACGUGGUCCGGAUAAACUCCUGGCCCUAUCACCCCUGAAGUGAAUGGAUAUGAGAAGUUGAGCAGUGAGACUAUGGUGGAAUAUACAGUGCUGUACACACACUGAAUAUACUGCCCUGUACACACAAUGAGAAUACGGCCCUGUACACACAAUGAGAAUACGGCCCUGUACACACAAUGAGAAUACGGCCCUGUACACACAAUUAAUAUACGUCCUUGUUGUCUACUGGGCCUAUGAGCAUGUAGAGUCUACUUUGUGAUUUAGAAAUUGCUGGACAAUCUUGUAAUAAAUGCAUUAAAGAAUAUUGGUGUUGUUCAGACAAAAAAAAAAAUGUUUGGGGGGGGGGAAAUCAUGAUUUGAUUUAUUUGUUUUACCAUUGUAAAUAGCAACAAAAGUGAAAGACUAAUUAAAUGAAUUUAGUUUGAGAAUGGA